AUGGCUACUGCUCUCGACUCCAUGGUGCUGCAGGGAUUGCCAAACCGACUGAGCAUUUACAGUCUUUUACAGUCUACCAUGUUUACCUACUGAUCUCGUCAUUGAGUAAUACACUCACUCUGAAGGCUGUUUAAAUACGUUUAAGGGCCACCUUGAUCGGUUGUGACGUCUGAAAACAUUGACUCAAGAGGGGCUCUUAAGGAGAAAACGGUGCUGUUGAUAAAGAGGGAAGCGGUUUAGGGCAGACUUCCAGAGAACCUUCAACCUGUGCCAGACUGCUGGGGGCAUACAAGUCAUUUAUUUUACUAGGGUUGGAGACCAACUUUUACGCUUUUGGAUCAACUACCGUGAAGGGAAAAAUACACAUUGGAAUAUGCCAGGACUUCAUGAUGAGCUCCAACAGCACAGACCCUGGCCUCUACCUGACCAUCAGCUCCCCAGGAAUGGGCAUCAUCUACCCAGACACCAACACUCUCCACAGGGACCCCUGGCCAGAGCUAACCAGCCCGGAUGACAAGGACUCCUUCCUCAGUGGCCUCUUCAACCUCACAGGCUCGCUCAAUGAGACGGUGACCUCUCUGACCUACGACUCUCUGGGGGGUCACACAGUGUGGCAGGUGGUCCUCAUUGUCUUCCUCACUGGCCUCCUGUCCCUGGUCACCAUCAUUGGCAACAUCCUGGUGGUGGUAUCCUUCAAAGUCAACCGCCAGCUCAAGACUGUCAACAACUACUUCCUGCUCAGCUUGGCUGUGGCUGACCUCAUCAUCGGGGUCAUCUCCAUGAACCUUUACACCACCUACAUCAUCAUGGGCCAGUGGGCCCUGGGCAAUUGGGCCUGUGACCUGUGGCUGGCUAUUGACUAUGUGGCCAGUAACGCAUCCGUCAUGAACCUGCUGGUCAUCAGCUUUGACCGUUACUUCUCCAUCACCCGGCCCCUCACCUACCGCGCCAAGCGGACCACACGGCGGGCUGUCCUGAUGAUUGGCCUGGCCUGGUUCGUGUCCCUGGUCCUUUGGGCCCCAGCCAUCCUGUUCUGGCAGUACUUUGUGGGGGAGCGCACUGUGCCCCCUGAUAAGUGCUACAUCCAGUUCCUCUCAGAGCCUAUCAUUACAUUCUGCACGGCCAUGGCUGCCUUCUACCUGCCUGUCACUAUCAUGAGUGUGCUCUACUGGCGUAUCUACAGGGAGACACAGAACCGCGCACAGGAGCUGGCUGGCCUGCAGGGCUCAGGGAGCCGAGGCAGGGGAGGGGAGAGGGCUCACUUCGUCCACCACCAGGCUGGUAGUGCCAGGAGCUGCAGCAGCUACGAGCUGACCCAGUCCUCCCAGAGAAAGAGCCCUGGCCGGGCGCUGGCCGCACGCUUCCACUGCUGGCCCAUGAUGCGCUCCUGGAGGCCUGGCAGUACCCGGCCUGGGGAAGGGGACGCUGACCACAGCAGCAGCGACAGCUGGAACAACAACAAUGCCAGGCUGUCAGUGGACCACUCAGGCUCGUCUGAGGACGAGGAGGGAAACAGUAGAGGGAUGAUGCCUCAGGACCACGCCAUCUUCUCCAUAGUCCUCAACCUGCCGGGGAUGAAGGCAGCCGUCAACUCCCACCUCACCUCCUGCGAGGACCUGGACCUAGCCUCAGAAGAGGACCCCCUAAGGGGGGAGGAGGACAGCCGGGAUGGCCUCUCUACCACCACCACUACUACCACCCCUGAUGGGGCCAACACAGACAGCAGCAGCUACCACCAACGCUUCCCCUCCCGGAUAUCCAAAGUCCAGUCCAUGCCUGCCCUCCAGGCCACCAGAGUGGGGCCGCUCUCUGGCUCCUCUGCCACCACCACCAAAUCACCCUCGGCGCCCAUCUCCUUCAAAGACGCAGCUCUAGCCAAGAGAUUCGCCUCCAGGGCAAGGACGCAGAUCACCAAGCGCAAGCGCAUGUCUCUGGUGAAGGAGAAGAAGGCAGCACAGACCCUCAGCGCCAUCCUGUUUGCCUUCAUCAUCACAUGGACACCCUACAACAUCAUGGUGCUAGUCAACACCUUCUGUAAUGGCUGCAUCCCCGAGGCUCUGUGGGCGCUGGGCUACUGGCUGUGCUACGUCAACAGCACCGUCAACCCCAUGUGCUACGCUCUGUGCAACAAGACCUUCCGCACCACCUUCAAGAUGAUACUGCUCUGUCGCUGGGACCAGCGCAAGCGGCGGAGGAAGCAGCAGUUCCAGGAACGGCAGUCCGUAGUGUUCCACAGGAGAAUUCCUAAAGACUCAACGUAGCGGGAUAUAGACCCAGUGGGCAUCUGGUGAUGAUGAUGAUGAUAAUGAUGUUAAUGAUGAUGAGUCUGGGAUCUAACAGGACAGUGGAUGGAUGAGGCAUCCUAAAGGUUCUGUCUGUGGUUUUUAACUGCACAGAGAUUCCCAGGGAGGCGGCCAUAUUGUUGCUGUGGUGUCUGAUGUUCUCUGUGGAGCCACGACCUCCACAGUGACAUAUUCCUCUGUUUCUUCAAGAGAGCUCCUGUGGUGAUAGCUUCCUCUAGAUUGUUCCAGUUCUCAGCAUUUCAGAGAAGUGCAGCUGAAAGGACUGACAGUGAAAACCAAUAGAACAAGGGCUUAAAAUGCAAUGAGGGGACAAUUCAAAGUGCAAUUGAUACCUACGGAGAUAAUAUGAUAUAAUAUGUGUUAUGGAUUUGGGGUUUUCCAUUUCUUACCAUUUUCUUCUCAGUGGUAGAGCUGUAUCGUACAGAGCAGUUGGGGUUUUCUAAGUAAACUGUACAUCUGUUAUAUCGCAUUGAAAGACAAGUCCAGAACAUUGUGUGUCAAUAGACUGCAUCGUAUUGAUUUUGAGCUCCCUUUUGGCUGAGCUAGAUGUUUUUGUUCUUUUUUACUCUUGACUUCUGUACAUUGCCUUCAACUUGGUUAUAGCUUUCUUGUGUCUUAUAAAAUGAGAGAAUUUAAAACAAAACGGUGUCUUAUUUGUGACAACCGGUGUUUCAAAGUUGAUGGUUAUUUUUGUGUAAUAAAUUGGUCUAUAGAUUUUCGUCUAUAGAUUGUGAGCCAGUCUGAAAAUAUUUCUGAGUACCUCAGUGAGCUGGUAUUGUGUUCAAUGUGAGUUGUGGUUUACAUGCUGGAGACAGUAAGUGCAUCAAUUUAUUCAAUUGUUGUUAAUGUACCCAAGGUUUUUGAGUAAUGGUAAUAUGAUAUUUCUAACUUGAUACCUAAUGAUUAAUUGUACGCUAAAGAGAUUGGUCAUUAUGAAUUGUAAUGUUUUGAUUAUAUUUGAAAUAAUAUUUGAGAAGGUUUCUCCAUUUCUUCUCACUGGCUGUCCAAAUGUAAUUCCCUAAGUAAAAGAUUGGUCUGUGGUCUCUAGAUGAAGUCUCUAGCUCCUAGAGGAUUUAGCAGUGCCAGAGCAGCAUCUGCUGGAUGAAUAGAAUUCUACACUCUAGUAACUUCCAGCUUACUUCCAUCAGGGAAAUGCUGUUGUGGGUCCAUAAGACAGUGGGAGAUUCCGUUUUGGAUCAAAGUCUGUCCUCCAGUCCUCCGCCCUCCUCUCCUCGGUGACACGGAAACUGAAAAGUGUUAGGAGAGUUUCAAUUCAGAGGAUGCUCAGCUGCAUUCUUACACGGAAGAGUUUUGAAAUCUGCCACACACCCUUUGAAACAGCAGUUGUUUUCUCAGAGUAGAAAAUCACACAUUUAAUAAAGGAUGUGUUACUUAUCCUUUCAUCUAUAAAAUGUCUAGUUCAACUCGCUACAUGUUUAACACUUAUGUUUAACACACUGGUAUUUUGGGAUUCCACCUCUGUAAACAUAAUGUGCAUGAUGAUGCAUUAGAGAGAGGAGAGUCUCAUUUCAUAUCAGUGUCAUGUUUCCAUAUUCUCAUCUUGCCUCCUCGCCUCAAUUCUCUAUGAGCUUUUUCUAAAGGAGGCGAGGAGAGGACAGAAGAGAGGAAUCUAGGAAAUCCAACAGAGAUUCUCCCAUAGCUGAGAAUAGGUAAGAAACUUAAAAGAAAAUGGUUAGACCAGUUUAGCCCUGCUACAUAUGGCAUAUGGAUGGUUAGACCAGCUUAGCCCUGCUACAUAUGGCAUAUGGAUGGUUAGACUAGUUUAGCCCUGCUACAUAUGGCAUAUGGAUGGCUAGACUAGUUUAGGCCUGCUACAUAUGGCAUAUGGUUGGUCAGACUGGCUUAGGCCUGCUACAUAUGGCAUAUGGAUGGUUAGACUAGUUUAGGCCUGCUACAUAUGGCAUAUGGAUGGUUAGACUAGUUUAGCCCUGCUACAUAUGGCAUAUGGAUGGUUAGACCAGCUUAGCCCUGCUACAUAUGGCAUAUGGAUGGUUAGACUAGUUUAGCCCUGCUACAUAUGGCAUAUGGAUGGUUAGACCAGCUUAGCCCUGCUACAUAUGGCAUAUGGAUGGCUAGACUAGUUUAGCCCUGCUACAUAUGGCAUAUGGAUGGUUAGACCAGCUUAGCCCUGCUACAUAUGGCAUAUGGAUGGCUAGACUAGUUUAGCCCUGCUACAUAUGGCAUAUGGAUGGUUAGACCAGCUUAGCCCUGCUACAUAUGGCAUAUGGAUGGCUAGACUAGUUUAGGCCUGCUACAUAUGGCAUAUGGAUGGUCAGACUGGCUUAGGCCUGCUACAUAUGGCAUAUGGAUGGUUAGACUAGCUUAGGCCUGCUACAUAUGGCAUAUGGAUGGUUAGACCAGCUUAGCCCUGCUACAUAUGGCAUAUGGAUGGUUAGACUAGCUUAGGCCUGCUACAUAUGGCAUAUGGAUGGUUAGACCAGCUUAGCUCUGCUACAUAUGGCAUAUGGAUGGUUAGACUAGCUUAGGCCUGCUACAUAUGGCAUAUGGAUGGUUAGACCAGCUUAGCCCUGCUACAUAUGGCAUAUGGAUGGCUAGACCAGCUUAGCCCUGCUACAUAGGGCAUAUGGAUGGUUAGACCAGCUUAGCCCUGCUACAUAUGGCAUAUGGACGGUUAGACCAGCUUAGCCCUGCUACAUAUGGCAUAUGGAUGGUUAGACCAGCUUAGCCCUGCUACAUAUGGCAUAUGGAUGGUUAGACCAGCUUAGCCCUGCUACAUAUGGCAUAUGGACGGUUAGACCAGCUUAGCCCUGCUACAUAUGGCAUAUGGAUGGUUAGACCAGCUUAGCCCUUCUACAUAUGGCAUAUGGAUGGUUAGACCAGUUUAGCCCUGCUACAUAUGGCAUAUGGAUGGUUAGACUAGUUUAGGCCUGCUACAUAUGGCAUAUGGAUGGUUAGACUAGCUUAGGCCUGCUACAUAUGGCAUAUGGAUGGUUAGACCAGCUUAGCCCUGCUACAUAUGGCAUAUGGAUGGUUAGACUAGUUUAGCCCUGCUACAUAUGGCAUAUGGAUGGCUAGACUAGUUUAGGCCUGCUACAUAUGGCAUAUGGAUGGUCAGACUAGCUUAGGCCUGCUACAUAUGGCAUAUGGAUGGUUAGACUAGCUUAGGCCUGCUACAUAUGGCAUAUGGAUGGUUAGACUAGUUUAGCCCUGCUACAUAUGGCAUAUGGAUGGUUAGACCAGCUUAGCCCUGCUACAUAUGGCAUAUGGAUGGCUAGACUAGUUUAGCCCUGCUACAUAUGGCAUAUGGAUGGUUAGACCAGCUUAGCCCUGCUACAUAUGGCAUAUGGAUGGCUAGACUAGUUUAGGCCUGCUACAUAUGGCAUAUGGAUGGUUAGACCAGCUUAGCCCUGCUACAUAUGGCAUAUGGAUGGUUAGACUAGUUUAGGCCUGCUACAUAUGGCAUAUGGAUGGUCAGACUGGCUUAGGCCUGCUACAUAUGGCAUAUGGAUGGUUAGACUAGCUUAGGCCUGCUACAUAUGGCAUAUGGAUGGUUAGACCAGCUUAGCCCUGCUACAUAUGGCAUAUGGAUGGUUAGACCAGCUUAGGCCUGCUACAUAUGGCAUAUGGAUGGUUAGACCAGCUUAGCUCUGCUACAUAUGGCAUAUGGAUGGUUAGACCAGCUUAGCCCUGCUACAUAUGGCAUAUGGAUGGUUAGACCAGCUUAGCCCUGCUACAUAUGGCAUAUGGAUGGCUAGACCAGCUUAGCCCUGCUACAUAUGGCAUAUGGAUGGUUAGACCAGCUUAGCCCUGCUACAUAUGGCAUAUGGAUGGUUAGACCAGUUUAGCCCUGCUACAUAUGGCAUAUGGAUGGUUAGACCAGCUUAGCCCUGCUACAUAUGGCAUAUGGAUGGUUAGACCAGCUUAGCCCUGCUACAUAUGGCAUAUGGACGGUUAGACCAGCUUAGCCCUGCUACAUAUGGCAUAUGGAUGGUUAGACCAGCUUAGCCCUUCUACAUAUGGCAUAUGGAUGGUUAGACCAGUUUAGCCCUGCUACAUAUGGCAUAUGGAUGGUUAGACUAGUUUAGGCCUGCUACAUAUGGCAUAUGGAUGGUUAGACUAGCUUAGGCCUGCUACAUAUGGCAUAUGGAUGGUUAGACCAGCUUAGCCCUGCUACAUAUGGCAUAUGGAUGGUUAGACUAGUUUAGCCCUGCUACAUAUGGCAUAUGGAUGGCUAGACUAGUUUAGGCCUGCUACAUAUGGCAUAUGGAUGGUCAGACUAGCUUAGGCCUACUACAUAUGGCAUAUGGAUGGUUAGACUAGCUUAGGCCUGCUACAUAUGGCAUAUGGAUGGUUAGACUAGCUUAGCCCUGCUACAUAUGGCAUAUGGAUGGUCAGACUGGCUUAGGCCUGCUACAUAUGGCAUAUGGAUGGUUAGACUAGCUUAGGCCUGCUACAUAUGGCAUAUGGAUGGUUAGACCAGCUUAGCCCUGCUACAUAUGGCAUAUGGAUGGUUAGACUAGCUUAGGCCUGCUACAUAUGGCAUAUGGAUGGUUAGACCAGCUUAGCUCUGCUACAUAUGGCAUAUGGAUGGUUAGACUAGCUUAGGCCUGCUACAUAUGGCAUAUGGAUGGUUAGACCAGCUUAGCCCUGCUACAUAUGGCAUAUGGAUGGCUAGACCAGCUUAGCCCUGCUACAUAGGGCAUAUGGAUGGUUAGACCAGCUUAGCCCUGCUACAUAUGGCAUAUGGACGGUUAGACCAGCUUAGCCCUGCUACAUAUGGCAUAUGGAUGGUUAGACCAGCUUAGCCCUGCUACAUAUGGCAUAUGGAUGGUUAGACCAGCUUAGCCCUGCUACAUAUGGCAUAUGGAUGGUUAGACCAGCUUAGCCCUGCUACAUAUGGCAUAUGGAUGGUUAGACCAGCUUAGCCCUGCUACAUAUGGCAUAUGGAUGGUUAGACCAGUUUAGCCCUGCUACAUAUGGCAUAUGGAUGGUUAGACUAGUUUAGGCCUGCUACAUAUGGCAUAUGGAUGGUUAGACUAGCUUAGGCCUGCUACAUAUGGCAUAUGGAUGGUUAGACCAGCUUAGCCCUGCUACAUAUGGCAUAUGGAUGGUUAGACUAGUUUAGCCCUGCUACAUAUGGCAUAUGGAUGGCUAGACUAGUUUAGGCCUGCUACAUAUGGCAUAUGGAUGGUCAGACUAGCUUAGGCCUGCUACAUAUGGCAUAUGGAUGGUUAGACUAGCUUAGGCCUGCUACAUAUGGCAUAUGGAUGGUUAGACUAGCUUAGCCCUGCUACAUAUGGCAUAUGGAUGGUUAGACCAGCUUAGCCCUGCUACA